AAAAAAAAAAAAAACAACAACAACAACAACAAAAAAAAAAAAAAAAAAAAAAAAAAGGCGAGACGGACGAGAGAAGCAACACCAGACAGGAGGACCAAUAAAGAGAGAUUAGCCUACAGUCAGGGAGGAUAGACAAACAUCCAUGUUCCAGUUGCCCAUCUUAAGUUUCAGCCCCCAGCAGGUCGCGGGGGUCUGCGAGACGCUCGAGGAGAGCGGCGACGUGGAGAGGCUCGGGCGCUUCCUCUGGUCACUCCCCGUGGCGCCGUCCGCCUGCGAAGUGCUAGGGAAGAACGAGUCCGUCCUGCGCGCGCGCGCUGUCGUGGCUUUUCAUGCGGGCAACUUCCGCGAGCUCUACCACAUAUUAGAGAACCACAAAUUCGCCAAGGACUCGCACUCUAAGCUGCAGGCGCUCUGGCUCGAGGCGCACUACCAGGAAGCCGAGAAACUCCGUGGGCGUCCCUUAGGACCCGUGGACAAGUACCGCGUGCGAAAGAAGUUCCCGUUGCCUCGGACGAUAUGGGACGGCGAACAGAAAACCCACUGCUUUAAAGAGAGAACGCGGCAUCUUUUGAGAGAGUGGUACCUGCAGGACCCUUACCCGAACCCGAGUAAAAAGAGGGAGCUGGCGCAGGCGACUGGACUCACACCCACACAAGUGGGCAACUGGUUUAAAAACCGGAGACAGAGAGACCGGGCGGCAGCGUCCAAGAACAGGCUACAGCAACAGGUUCUGUCCGGUGGCUCGGUCCGAUCGCUGGGGGACGAUGACACUACAAUAGACCGUCUGGGUCCUGCCUCAAGCCCAGAGGUCAGUCUCUCAAGCAAGGCCGCCACCUCCGCCAUCUCCAUCACCUCUAGCGACAGUGAAUGUGACAUCUAACGUGACAGGCUUCAGAAGAGCAAACAGAAGAACUGUAGGAGACAAUCAAACAAAAACGAAAACUUUAGUGCCUGUAACCGGCCCAAAGGGAGCAAAGAGGCUCCAAAAGGGAGCACAAAACGUGAAGGAAUGCGUGACAAAAAAAUUGAUGUGAUCAACAAAAAAAAAAAACAAACAAACAAAAAAAUAAAAAAAAAAGAAGAAGAAGAAGAAAGAAAGAAAGAAACGCAGUACUUCUCGAGAAUAGGGAGCUUUUUUGGUGGAAAAUAUCUGGGCCAAACCUAUGUUACCUAGGCUAUCUGUUAACCUAUCUACUUUAUGAUGAAAAGACUGAAUAGCCUAAUGUUUUAAUGUUCACUUGUCUUUUUUUAAUAUAUACAUGAUGUUUAUUUACUUAGCCUAUUUAAAAUAUCAUCGGUCUUUUGGCCUUUUAUUUGUGUGGAUUUUUUUUUUUUUUUUUUAUUCUUAUUUUUGUUGUGCGUAUAUACUGCGCAUCGUGAAAGUU